UACCGCUCCUCCCACGUGACACUCUCACUCGCCGCUAUUCAUUCACACACUCCCACCCCUACCAUCCCUGCCGCUCCAAAAACUUCCUCUCCCAUCACCGCCCCACGAGAGAGAGAGAGAGAGCUCACAGCGCUCGAGCAAGGAGUGGUGCGACCUGCUGCUGGGCGUCACAUCGGCAAUGGCGGGCGCGGCGGACGAGUACUACUACGGUGGCCCGGGCCCGCGGGGUGCCCCGCACGGGCUGCUGCUGGCGGUGGUGGUGGGGCUGGUGGUGGCGGGCCCGCUGUUCCUGGGCGACGGCGGCGAGGCGCUGACGGAGGCCGUGGCGGAGCUUCUCAGCCCCGUGGGCCUGCUGCUCCUCCCCGUGUGCCUGCUCCUCCUCAUCCGCCUCCUCUCCUCCGACCGCGGCGCGGCCGCGCUCGCAGACGUCUUCGCCUUCGGCGGGUCCCCCGACGCCGUCCACCGCGUGGGGGGCUCCCCCGUCGGCGUCGCGCUCAUGCUCUUCCUCAUCCUCGCCCUGCUUUACUACCGGUCGGCGCUCUUCGGCGGCGACGGCGGCGACGACGAGUAGCAGCGUUAGCAGCAGAGAUCGGUUCGAUCGAUCUCCGGCCGGCUGCCUUUACCGCUUUCGCUGGGGCUGCGUCGUGGUGUUGUUUUUGUAAUGUGAGGUUUGCUAGGGGCUUGGGUGUUAAAGUGCAUGUGUAAAUCGGAGCAAAUUACUACUAGUAAUAUGAUGUUUGUUUCGUCGGUUUG